GCCAAUUUAAAAAUAUAUAGCUAUCAAUACAGUUUUAUUGGCGUAGUAUUUCUUUUCCCUUUCGAUUUCAUUUAAGUAAUUACAGUUUUCGCACACGUGAGAAUUAGCCUUUGCUAUUUUGCUUACCGGAGAGAAUUGUUUUAAGAUGUCGUCAUUUACAUAAGUCAAUGUUACUAUGGAGUAAUGUUCAAGCGAGCCACGGUAUGAAUGACACGUGCUAGGUAGAAAUACGAUUUUCUUCAUGUGUAUAAUUCUAACCUAAAUGCGUAUUCCGGGGAAUGUGACUGGCAUUUCGAUGGAGUAAAACAAGGUCGAUUGGUUAGGAAGAGGAAUUGAAGCACAUCCUUUUUUAACGUAGCGGUUAGACGCAUCCUUCACAUAACCAUGUGCCAGAAAUUAAGUCUUGAAAUUAAGUAUCUCACUGAGCAACACCUCAACGGCUUCGAAAGUUAUAAAUAUAGCUCAGUGGAUACAAACCCUCUGAGUGUAUAUAUAAUGCAUCCAUUUUGGAACAAAGUAGUUCAGUAUUGUCCAAAGUGGGUUGCUCCAAAUGUAUUAACUUUUUUUGGAUUUCUUUUUACUGUUUUCAACUUUACAUUAUUUGCAUUUUAUGAUUAUUAUUUGUAUGCAUCAAGUGAUGAUAAACCACAGUAUCCUCCUAUACCAAGGUGGGUUUUUGCCUUAGGUGCAUUCAAUGUAUUUAUGGCAUACACUCUUGAUGGUAUUGAUGGUAAGCAAGCACGACGUACACAAACAUCCGGCCCUUUAGGAGAGCUGUUUGAUCAUGGUUUGGAUAGUUGGACAACAAUGCUUAUAAGUGUUUGUAUGUUUUCUGUAUUUGGUCGGACAGAACACAGUGUAUCUCCAUUAAGAAUGUAUUUCAUUUUGUGGAAUGUAUUUAUCACUUUCUAUUUGACUCAUUGGGAGAAAUAUAAUACAGGUGUACUGUUUCUUCCUUGGGGAUAUGACCUAUCUAUGGUAGGUACUAUAAUCGCUUUUAUUAUAUCUAGUAUAGGCGGGCAUAGAGUCUGGAAAAUUGUAUUUCCUGGUGGUAUAUCAGUAGGAGUAAUGUUUGAAAUAUUACUUUAUGUCACUGCAAUUGUAUUUAGUUUGCCAGUGGUUCUCUGGAAUAUAUAUAAAUCAUAUAGGGACAAGACUGGUAAAAUGCGAACAUUCCUGGACGCCAUAAGACCUCUAUUGCCUUUAGCAAUACUUUUCACGAUUUCAACAAUUUGGGUAGUACAUUCGCCUAGUAAUAUCAUAGAGAAAGAUCCCAGAAUAAUUUUUUUAGUGAUUGGAACUAUUUUUUCAAACAUAUGUUGCCGUUUAAUUGUUUCACAAAUGAGCAAUAUCAAAUGUGAGCUGUUAUCAUGGAUAUUACUACCUAUAGCAAUUGCAACUUUUUUCUCAUUCAUCUUGCCUAGCAUAGAUCUGGUAUUUACAUAUAUUGUUGCUAUUAUAGCUUUAUUAGCACAUAUUCAUUAUGGGACAUGUGUGGUACGUCAAAUGUGUCGCCAUUUCCGUAUUCAUACAUUUCGUAUUAAAGAUCGUACAGACUGACUACUUGCCGACGAUACAUGUUAAAAACGAAGAAAUAUGAAUACAGAUAGUUGGAGAGUGCUAUGAACAAGUGAGUACAGAGCAGACAAAUAGAAAAAAAAAUAUGGAAUUAUAAUUGAUGACAAGAAGAAACAAAAAAGUCUCAUCUAUGAAUACUCAAAUAUUGGACAACAAAUAAUGACAAUUCAUUCGAGCAUGUAAUCGUCGCUGAUUAUAUAUCCAAACAGAGAGUACCUGUUAAGUAAUCUUAUUUAUUCAGUUGCAGAAGCAGACAUUUAAAUUUCAUGUUGCUGUGAUAUAGUUACAGAAUCAUUAAUAAUUUUUUUUGAUAUCUAUUUUUUUGAAUGCUCGAUUAACUUUAUGUAGUUAACACUUUCGCCUACAAUAUCGUGUGAGACUCGUGGUAUGGAAUUCCGGCUAAAUAUGAGUAUCACGAGUGAGUAAUGUGGUUUGUAGAUAAAUCUCAACGUAAACAACUCGGGUCAAGCUCGUGGUUCAUUUUCGUCGAUGUCUUUCCGUCUCAGUUACGUGUUAUUCUCAGCCAUGUUCGGACCAAGUGGCUCAACGUGUGACCGAUUGUGCUAUUGAUUAAUACACGCUGUUAGAGCUUAAAUAGUAAGGCAAGGGGUUAACUCUCAAAGUAGUUGCAUAGUUAAUUUCUGUAUUGUCUUUUUGUGUCCUGUUCGUAACUCUGACUAUGUACAGAGCAUUUA